CCGCCGCCGCGCGUCCGUGCGAGCGUGUGUCCAUCCAUUCAUCCCUUCCCCGCUCCAGCCGUCCGUCCGUCCUCCCGAGCCAUGAGGAGGCUCUUCCUCCUGCUGUGCAGCGCCGUGUCCUGUUGCAUCGCUGCGCGGGGCGCGGAGGCGGCGCUGCCCGCGGCAGGAGAUGGCAGCGCGGAGCGUGUGCCGGCGCAGAAGGCGCGGGUGAAGUUCGGUCUCCGCUCCUCGCCGGACGCCGGUGAGGAUGGUUGCACGCUCUCCAUCGGCCAGCAGCAGUGCCUGGAGGACUGCAAGUUCAACGUGACAGCUAAAACCUUCUUCAUCAUUCACGGCUGGACGAUGAGUGGCAUGUUCGAAACCUGGCUUGACAGCUUGGUGUCCGCUCUGCAGCAGAGGGAGAAGGAUGCCAACGUGGUCGUGGUGGACUGGCUCUCUCUUGCCCACCAGCUCUACACCGAUGCUGUGAACAACACGCAGAUUGUUGGAAAAACCAUAGCGAGGUUGCUUGACUGGUUACAGGAGAACCCCCUCUUCAAGCUUGAGAAUGUCCACCUGAUUGGGUACAGCCUGGGAGCCCACGUGGCUGGCUUUGCUGGUAACCACGUCCAUGGCACUAUAGGCAGAAUUACAGGCUUGGAUCCUGCGGGCCCCAUGUUUGAAGGAGUGGACCCCAGCAGGCGCCUCUCCCCUGAUGAUGCCAACUUUGUGGAUGUCCUUCACACCUACACCAGGGAAACACUGGGUGUUAGCAUUGGGAUCCAGAUGCCUGUGGGCCACCUUGACAUCUACCCCAACGGGGGAGACUUCCAGCCUGGCUGUGGCCUAAGUGAUGUCUUGGGAGCCAUUGCCUAUGGGACAAUAGGUGAAGUUGUCAAAUGUGAGCACGAGCGGUCUGUGCACCUCUUUGUGGACUCCCUGGUGAACCAGGACAAGCAGAGCUUCGCGUUCCAGUGCACCGAUUCCAGUCGCUUCAAGAAGGGGAUCUGCCUGAGCUGCCGCAAGAACCGCUGCAACGGCAUCGGCUACAACGCCCGCAGGAUCCGGCACAAGAGGAACAGCAAGAUGUACCUGAAAACCAGGGCUGACAUGCCCUUCAAAGUCUACCACUACCAGAUGAAAAUGCAUGUCUUCAGCUAUAAGGGCUUGGGAGAGGUUGAUCCCACCUUCUCUGUCACCCUCCACGGCACCAAUGGAGACUCUGAGCCCCUCUCUUUAGAAAUGCUUGAUCUAAUUGGCCUAAAUGCUACGAACACCUUCCUGGUCUAUACCGAGGAGGACAUGGGUGAACUUCUGAAAAUCAAGCUCACCUGGGAGGGGACAUCUCAGUCGUGGUAUGAUCUGUGGAAAGAGCUGAGGAGCUACUGGUACAGGCCUGUGAAUUCCUCCCAGGAGCUCCACAUCAGAAGAAUACGUGUGAAAUCUGGGGAAACACAACAGAGGUUUGCUUUCUGUGUGGAGGACUCCCAGCUAACCAGUAUAUCUCCUGGCAAAGAGCUCUGGUUUGUGAAGUGCACAGAGGAAUGGCAGAAAAGGUCUGUCUCAAAUCUGCUCUGAAGGCUUCCCUAAAGACUCACAACCAAGCAACCUAGAUGCAUGAAGACCACGCAGGUGGCAAGAUGCUCUAGGAGAAACCUGGCUUGGUAGCACUUAAAGAAACUAGCUCUUCAGGACAAAACAUCUUGGAUUGGAUGCAAGAAACUGAGGAGCAAUUGAUGAACCGUGGUCCUAGACCUAAAAUAACUAAAACUCCAUUUUCCCUUUCCCGAGGAGCCUGGUUUGUGCAUUUAACCUUACCUUGACCUGUUACACACUGCAUUUCCCUUCCCUGCUCCCAUUAACCAGGACUAUGGAUGAGAUCUUCACAGACUGAGACCUCAGCAAUGAUCUUCUGGUCUGCCUGCCAGUGGAGUUGAGAAGACAAACAGCCACGCUAACUGCCCAUCAGACUGUGGGUGACAGAGCUGCCAAGAACAAAUUAGCACCUAGGGUAGGGGUUACCAUGGUCCUGUAGCACUGUGGGCUGAGGGAAGGUGAGACCAGCACAGGUCAGGUGUGUGAGGUUGUCCAGGGAAGGGCUGGGGAUAAGCACAAUGCCACUUAACUUCAAGUUGUCCUUUGCUUGCCUUAAAAAUAAUCCAUUCUGAUACUGAAAUGUCUUUUUGCCUGACACAUGGCCUAAUAAGGAGGCAGAGCUCUAUCCUCCCUGUGCCUGGGGCAGGCCAUGGUGCAGGUGGUGAUGGUGAUGGGGGCAGCUGCUCCUCAAUGCCUGGUCAGUGUCUGCAGUGGGGCUGCCCUGUCCCAUGUGGGGAUCCCUUUUUAAGGGGCAAAGAGAAGCUGCCCUUGUUCUGACCACGGGGAUGGAGGAAGGCAAUGCACUGUGCUGCCUCAGGAGAGCUUUGCACCACUCCUUUUAACCUCUGAGAACGUGCUCCCCUCUGCUCAGAAGCUCUUGUAGUACCAAUGCAUAAUUAAGACCUUAUUUUUGAGUGCCAAACAUCCUGCCCUCAAUUGUCACAACACCCCAGUUGGAUUCCCUGAUCCCAGGUGAUCUUGGCUUGGCUUUGAGUUGGGCAGACUCUGCAGCUGUCCUGUUUGCUACAGCAGAGUGGACCUUGCCAGUUGGUGAUAUAAGUUUUGUUUUGGUUGCUUGCUUUUGGCUUUUAUUUCUUUUUCCUUUCUUUUUUCUUUUUUUUCUUUUUUUUUUCUUUUUUUUAACUUUCUGGAAGGAAAAUUGGUAUAACAACCCUUGAGCUUUUGGCAUGCAGAAAGGCAAUCUCAAAAAUGGUGUUGCCAGGUGGUGCACUGAGUUCUGAAGUCUUAGCAAGUCCUGAGGCCUGCAGAUCUCUUCAGUUUUUGUAGAGCUUCACUCCAACCAAAGCAAGCACAUUUGGGGAUAUUUUUUUCAUGGUUUUAUGCAAAGACUUUGAAACAGAAGCCUUUGGUAAGUAUCUGUGAGUUGUUGCCAUGCCAUACUUAGAGAAGUUUCAAAGCCCUGUUUGUAUAUUGUGGUUUUUGUAUGACUUAAAACAUAAUUUAUUUCUCAUAUUGUAUAUAUGUAAAAUUUUGAACAUUUUGGUUUUGAGUAACAGUUUUUAUGAGCCUUGAAAUCAAAAAUAAAGGGCUUUGUAAAAAUCA